GUGAAUCACAGCGCGACUGUAAUUUCUCCACGCGUACAAAAUUCCGUUCUUUCCCCCGGCAUUUUGUCUCGAAUCCGUUAAAUAUUCCGCCCAAAAUUACUCUCUCUCUUUCAGAGCAACCAUCCACUCCCAGUUCCUGUUGAAAAUCCGAUUCUCCUUUUGUUGUAAUUCCAAACACGGCCGUAGCUCUUCUCCUUUCUUUGCUUCACUCAGCCGCAGCGCCAAAGCUUAGCUCCGCCUCCUCCUCCUAUUGGAUCUCUCUUGAUUCCUCUCGCUGGUAGUUUUCCUUCACUCAUUCUUCUCAUCGCUGCUCUUGUGUUGCUUGGAUUAUGGUGUAGUUGAAUUGGGUUGAAUUCUUGGCUUGAAAGGUUUUGGAUCUGGAAGUUACAUGUUCUAUUUCGAAUUAUUUGUGGUGAAUUGAAUAAUGAUGGAGAGGGCGGAGUCGGGGCAGAAGCUGUAUACACGUUUGCGUCUAUGGGAGUUUCCGGAUCAGUAUGUUAUUGAGCCCACUGAUGGCUCCAGUGGUUCUUCAUUGGUAGUCAGUCGGGCUGAUGGAUCAAUGAGUCUCACUGAUGACGUUCCAGAAUGCAGCUCCGUUCGGGUUCCUAAAAUUAGGACGAUUUUUGGAGUGGUUGGGUUGCUAAAGCUUGUGGCAAGUUCAUAUUUAGUAAUCAUAACAGAGCGGGACUGUGCUGGAUCCUACUUGGGUCAACCUAUCUUUAAAGUUAAAUCGUUGAAGAUUUUGCCUUGUGAUCAUUCGCUUAAAAAUUCCUCCGUAGAGCAGAAAAAGGUGGAAAGCGAAUUCUCUGCUCUGCUUAAUGUUUUGGAGAGGACUUCCGGUCUUUAUUUCUCAUAUGACACCAAUUUAACACUGAGUGCUCAGAGAUUGCAUGAUUUGGGUGAUGAAUCUAAACUGCUUCCUCUGUGGAGACAGGCAGAGCCUAGAUUUCUGUGGAACAAUUAUAUGUUGGAAGUACUCAUUGAUAACAAGCUUGAUCCAUACAUGCUUCCUGUCAUCCAGGGGAGCUUUCAGAACUUUCAAACAGCGAUUGGAAAAGAUAUCGUUGAUGUCACUCUGAUAGCUAGGAGAUGCACACGCAGAAAUGGCACUAGGAUGUGGAGAAGAGGAGCUGAUCCUGAUGGGUAUGUCGCUAAUUUUGUGGAAACAGAACAAAUUUUCCAGAUGAAUGGGUUUACAGCAUCAUUUGUUCAGGUCCGGGGUUCAAUUCCGUUUCUCUGGGAGCAAAUUGUCGACUUGACCUAUAAGCCUAAGUUUGAGAUUGUGAGACAUGAGGAAGCACCGCGAGUGGCUGAGCGGCAUUUUCUGGAUAUGAGGAAAAAAUAUGGGAGUGUAUUGGCAGUUGAUCUGGUCAACAAGCAUGGAAGUGAGGGACGCUUGAGUGAAAAAUAUGCAAAUUCCAUGCAGCAUAUUUUAGGUGGCGAUGUAAGAUACCUGCACUUUGACUUUCAUCAAGUCUGUGGGCACAUUCACUUUGAGCGCCUGUCCAUCCUCUAUGAGCAAAUUGUGGAUUUCCUUGAAAAGAAUUGGUACUUUCUAUUGAAUGAAAAAGGCGAGAAAAUGAAAGAGCAACUUGGCGUAGUAAGGACCAAUUGCAUUGAUUGUCUAGACCGUACCAAUGUUACACAGAGCAUGAUAGGUCGAAAAAUGUUGGAAAUCCAACUGAGAAGGAUCGGUGUUUUUGGUGCUGAAGAAACUAUUAGUUCUCAUCCAAAUUUUGAUGAAAGCUUUAAAAUACUGUGGGCUAAUCAUGGGGAUGAGAUAAGUAUUCAAUAUUCUGGGACUCCUGCUUUGAAAGGAGAUUUUGUAAGAUGUGGCCAGCGGACCGCCCAGGGGAUCCUUAAAGAUGGCUGGAAUGCCCUUGCGCGCUAUUAUUUGAAUAACUUCCGUGAUGGAACAAAACAGGAUGCAAUUGAUCUUCUGCAUGGACAUUACAUUGCUUCAGUCAGCCGAGACCUGACCCCUGCAACACAAACAGGAGGACUGGAGGCUGUCGCGUCCUUUCCACUGGCUUUAUCCCUGGUCAUGAUUGGAUUCCUUUUUGCAACAAUAUCACUAAGAAAAUCUCCAAAUGAUCUGCGGCACUUGUUUUUUUCAAUCGCGUGGGCAAGUGUGAGCAUUGGUGUAGCAGCUGUUGUGAGGGCCAAUGGACGAAUAUUCUGUAAUCGGCCUCGUUUGCACAAGCCACGCCAUUGAAUUUAGCUUAGCUUCCAAGUGAUUUCGCAAAAACGUGCCUUGUGUGAAAUCCUAUCUCGUCGGUCUGCUGCAUAUUUAUUGUUCUUUCAUAUUAAUCUUCGUAGUCUAUGUAGCUUGAAUUUAUUCAUAGCCUAUCCAAGGAUUUGAUAAUAACCUGGGCUGUAUAAAGCAUCUGCUGCGGUGCUGUUGGGAUUAUUUUUUUUUAAAAUUUUUUUUUGCUUCUGGGUCUUGAUUAUUUGUUCUUGGGUAUUUAAGAGGCGGCAAAGACUUGUGGGAAGGUACAGUUGGGCCAUUUUGUGUUAGAAGACUGGGCCUAAUCAUCAGUACUAUCCACUAUGAGUGUGACUCACACUCAGUCACAGUGGGCGACAAGAGAGAUUUUUGUGGAGGUUUAAUUUAUUCUGUGGAGCGAGCUUAACUUA